AUGGCUGGCCAAGGAAGUGGAAACGCCAACGCUGGUAGGGGGACUGUCAUAGACAAACUGGACUACCACCCGGGACGACCGCUAUUACGCGCCGACGACGAAGGGGAAUCGUCAGGCAGACCCAGUGCCGAACACAGCUAUGCCGGUAGCUUUUUCGAGCAGGUGGCCGAGGGUAUCCAGAGCCGUGACAGGCAAAAGAUGCAGCGUCAGCUCUCGCGUUAUCUCACAUUUGGCUGGGCCAUUGUGAACUGGUUCGUUUCUCCUCUACUCUGA